GUGACCUUUACCAAGGAUCCAGAUCAUAAUCGUGUCUCCUCGAUCGACCUCCAGAUCCAGUCUAUAUUCGAUCUAGUGAUGAACUCAGUUGCUCCCAGACAAGUUCUGACACUAUACAGAAAGCUGCUGAGGCAGAGCAGCCAAUUUUCUUCCUUCAAUUACAGAAAGUAUGCUCUGCGUAGAGUAAAAGAUUACUUCAGAGAGACGAGGAGCUUCACUGACAGUGUGGCUAUUGAGAGAGAGUACAGCUAUGGACUGGAGUCACUGAAUAUGCUCAAACGACAAACUGCUAUCGGAAAUAUGUACUCGGCACCCAAGUUAGUUUUAGAAAAGCUUUCAUAACUGCCGUCGAUCACUUACGUGCUUGUGCUGUUCAGUGUUCUGUCUCAAUUAUCUAUAAUUAUCGUUAUUAAUAA